AAAUGAAAUUAAGAGCUUCUUUCUAAAUUUGGCGUUACAAGCCCAGCAUGCAAGAACGAGGUUGGACUAAAAGAUGGCCGCAUGUUUCAUUUUGGAUGUUGGUCGAAGCCAAUGCAGAGCUUAUGCGUGGACAGAUCGCCCGGUUACCAUUCUACCUAUCAUCAAGGAUAUCGUAGCAAGUGGAGUGAGCGUCUGGGUGUACAAGCAAGUUUAAUUUCAUCAAAAUUGGAUGAUGGCGACACAGACGGACGUGUGCCAGUUGCUGCCACUAGGUAUUCAUUAAACCUUCCCAAGCUCCCUGUCAAGACUGCAUGGCAUGCAUGGUAUACCAACCAAGAGGUUGGAGGGUAUGUGGUGGCGUGCGAAGGAUUGACAUUAGCUUCAGUUAGAGGAGCGGGGCAUCUGGUCCCAAGCAACCAGCCAGAACGUGCCCUAACCUUGAUUUCAUCAUUCCUUCAAGGGAUUCUCCCAUCCUUCCUCACCAUGACCCACAGGAUUCCCGACAAGAAAAUAGAAAGAUAG